UUCACGAUUGUUGUUCAGAUAGGGUGUUGCCAGAUAGCGUGGAAGAAACUGAUCUUCGGUCAGCUGAAUAAGUGCAACAAAUUCAGCUGGGUAGCCUAGCCUACUGUGCAAAACCGAGCGACGACCAAUUUUGGAUUGCUAGCCUACUACGCUAUAUCUGUUAUUAUAUUUAGGCCAUUUUGUUAAUGUGCCGUAAAAUGUAAAAUGUGUCGUUUGAGAAACUCGUAGCCUAGAAUCAAGGACAAUAGCAUACGCUUGCUUUCUAGAUUAGGCAGCUCAUUGUAUUGCAUUUUUUUAUUGAGCCUACCGGGUUUAUUGCUGCGUAGCAUACCUUUGGCUAAACUGCGAUGUUUCCUGCGUGCUACUCAAAGUCAUCGAACGGCGUGUUUCGAAAGACGUCUUUCACUGCCCUGAUUGUCGGGGUAUUCGUUGUGUACGUUCUGCAUACUUGCUGGGUUAUCUACAGCAUCCUUUACACCAGACCUUGUGGCCACAAACAGGAAAGCUGCAUCGUGUCAUACAUGACAGAAAAACCACGACUUCAGCUAAGCAUUUACACAUCUGUGAAACCAAACAAUGAUGAUGGGCACAGUCUCAUUCUCAAGAUGGAGGACUUUGACAUACAUUCCAGUUUUGAAAGGACCGUGAAUGUCUUCCUGUCGACGGAGACACGCAGCAAUGGGACACUCUACGUCCUGGUGUUCUUGCACCAGGCUGGCUUGUCUCCCUGGAAGGACAGCAGACAGGUGAAGCAUGUAGCCCCAUUGACCACCUACAUGCUGCCCAAAGUCCCUGUGAUCAAAAUGGAAGCCCUACAGCUGGAGGAGCAGCAGAAGCAGGAUGAUUCAGCUGCAAAUGGGAGGCCUGUUUCACACUGGCGCUCACGUCUCACCUUUAACGUGGUAGCAGAGGACUUCUCCUUUGACCAGGGGGCCCUGCCCAGUGAUGUCCAGCGCUACCUGAGAGUAUUUCAGGAUGGAAAAAAGAUGGUUUACCUUCCUCUUCUCUUCAUCAAUGAGCUCAGAAACAGGGUGAAGGAUUUAAUGGAAAUAAACAGCACGACAGCCGACCUGCCCCUGACAAUAUCGUACGACAGCAUCUCCCUGGGAAAGCUCCGCUUCUGGAUUCAUAUGCAGGAUGCUAUCCACUCCCUGGGGUACUUCGGCUUCACUGAAAAGGAUACAGAUGAAAUCAAAAGAAUCUUUGUGGACACCAACCUGUAUUUCUUAGCACUGACAGUUUUGGUGGCUGCUUUUCAUCUCCUUUUGGACUAUCUGGCCUUUAAGAAUGACAUCAGCUUUUGGAAAAAGAAUACGAUGGUGGGAAUGUCCAGUAAAGCAGUCCUUUGGAGGUGCUUUGGUACCAUUGUGAUCUUCCUCUUCCUCCUUGAAGGACAAACCAACCUGCUAGUGCUCAUCCCUGCAGGCGUGGGCUCUGUGAUUGAGGUCUGGAAGGUCAUGAAGGCCUACCGGAUUCAGGUUCUGUGGUCUGGCAUGAAGCCAAUUUUCCUAUUUGGAGGCUCCAGUGAAUCAGAUAAAAAAACGGAAGAAUAUGAAGCUCAGGCUAUGAAGUACGUGUCCUUCUUGCUAUACCCACUGUGCUUUGGAGGAGCCAUGUACUCCUUGAUAUAUGUAAAAUAUAAAAGUUGGUACUCGUGGUUAAUCAACAGUCUGGUUAUUGGAACGUAUGCUUUUGGAUUCCUCUUUGUUAUACCUCAGCUUUUUGUAAAUUAUAAGUUAAAAUCAGUGGCACAUUUACCCUGGAAGGCAUUACAGUAUAAAGCAUUCAAUAUCUUCAUUGAUGACAUCUUUGGCUUCAUCAUCACCAUGCCAACCACCCACUGGCUGGCCUGCUUUAGGGAUGAUUUAGUUUUCCUAAUUUUCCUGUACCAGCGAUGGCUUUACCCAGUGGACAAGACCAGAGUAAACGAGCACAGAGUGUUGCACAGUCAGAAGUCCAAAGGAAAGGCCCAUAAAGACUAACACUCUCCAUAUCCAAUCAGCCAGGAGAGGAAUGUAGAGAAAAAACUAAUCAGUGACUGCCUAGGAUGCUGAUUCCAGCAGAGGGACAUUUGAAGGCUUAUGUAACAUGAAGCUGGUUGAUGGGCCGGUUGAGAAAAAUCUUCCACAACCAGCUGCAAGAUUUUACUUGAAUUGAAAAAUUUGCCUUUUAUUAAAUACUCUGGCAGGAUUUUUGCACGUGUUUUCCAAACACCAGAAAGAACAAUUCUGUCCAUCAACUGACUGCUGAUAUUUGUAUAGUAAGACUAUAGUAGACUAGAGUGCUGAUAAUUUUUAGUAAACAUACUGUAUAUUGCUGAAAGUCAUUUUCAAUUAUGUAUGUAUUGAAAUGAUAUUUCACUGAAAUGUAUGAAAAUGCAAGCUUUUAUUGAUGAACUCUAUGAGAAUAAUAAAAUGUGUGCCACUUAAA